GGUCACGUGUUUCCGCUUCCUGCUCGGUGCCGCGCGGCUCGUCGUCGCUCUCGGGGAGUUUGAAUAACGGGAUUGGAAGGCAGCGCCGUUAGUGAGCGGUGGCCAUGGCUACAAUGGCGUUUGAGUAUCCGGCGGCCCGCAGACUGCAGACGAUUAAUGAUUACCAUGGACAUAAAAUUCCUGACCCUUAUAGCUGGCUGGAAGACCCAGAUAGUGAGGAAACAAAGGCUUAUGUGGAAGCUCAGAAUAAGUUGACAAUGCCAUUCCUGGAAAAAUGCGCAUUGAGGGAAAAAUUCAAGAAAAGAAUGACGGAACUCUAUGAUUAUCCAAAGUACAGCUGCCAUUUUCGAAGAGGAAAGAGAUAUUUUCACUUCUUCAACACAGGGUUGCAAAACCAAAGUGUAAUGUAUGUCCAGUGUUCGCUGGAUGAUGAACCUCAAAUUUUCCUUGAUCCCAACAAAUUCUCAGAUGAUGGUACUGUAGCUUUAAGAGGCUAUGCUUUCUCUGAAGAUGGUGAAUAUUUUGCAUAUGGAUUGAGUUCAAGUGGCUCAGAUUGGGUAACCAUCAAAUUCUUAAAGGUUGAUGGUGCUGUGGAACUUUCAGAUACCCUGGAAAGGGUGAAGUUUAGUUGCAUGGCUUGGACUCAUGAUGGAAAGGGAAUUUUUUACAACUGUUACCAAAAGCAGGAUGGAAAGAAUGAUGGUACAGAAACAUCUACAAAUCUGGAUCAAAAAUUGUAUUACCACAUACUGGGCACUGAGCAGUCAAAAGAUAUAUUAAGUGCCGAAUUUCCAGACUAUCCAAAGUGGAUGGGUGGAGCUGAGAUAUCAGAUGAUGGCCGAUAUAUUCUCUUGUCUAUCAGAGAAGGCUGUGACCCGGUCAACCGGCUUUGGUACUGUGAUCUAGAAGAGAUGCCUGGUGGUAUUAAAGGAAUUCUACCAUGGGUCAAACUCAUGGAUAACUUUGAUGCAGAAUAUGAAUACGUCACAAAUGCAGGCACGGUCUUCACAUUCAAGACAAAUCUCAAUUCUCCUUGUUACCGCUUAAUCAAUAUUGACUUCAGUGAUCCUGAUCCUUCUAAAUGGAAAGUUUUAGUUCCAGAGCAAAACAAAGAUGUACUAGAAUGGGCUGGAUGUGUCAGAUUCAACAUUCUGAUUUUAUGCUACCUUCAUGAUGUGAAGAAUGUGCUACAGCUGCAUGACCUGACCACAGGAGCACACAUAAAGACUUUUCCUUUGAAUGUGGGCAGUAUUGUGGGAUACAGUGGACGAAAGAAAGACAAUGAAAUCUUCUAUCAGUUUACUAGCUUUCUGACUCCAGGUAUUAUUUAUCACUGUGAUAUGACCAAAGAAGCAUUGAAGCCAAGUGUUUUUAGAGAAGUGACCGUGAAGGGAUUUGAUCCAUCUGAUUACCAGACUAUUCAGGUCUUCUAUCCAAGUAGAGAUGGAACUAAGGUACCAAUGUUCAUUGUUCAUAAGAAAGGAAUCAAAUUUGAUAACUCUCACCCUGCUUUCCUUUAUGGAUAUGGUGGCUUCAAUAUAUCCAUCACACCAAGUUACAGUGUUUCAAGACUUAUUUUUGUGAGACAUCUGGGGGGCGUUUUGGCUGUCGCUAAUAUCAGAGGUGGUGGUGAAUAUGGAGAGACCUGGCACAAAGGUGGAAUGCUAGCAAGAAAACAAAACUGUUUCAAUGACUUCCAGUGUGCUGCUGAAUAUCUCAUUUCAAAGGGCUACACUUCUUCAUUAAAACUGACCGUCAAUGGAGGCUCUAAUGGUGGAUUAUUAGUGGCUGCUUGUGUGAACCAGCAACCUCAUCUUUUUGGCUGUGCCGUGGCUCAAGUUGGGGUCAUGGACAUGCUUAAGUUCCACAAAUUUACCAUUGGGCAUGCUUGGACCACUGAUUAUGGCAGUUCAGAAUCCAAGGAGCAGUUUGAUUUCCUAAUCAAGUACUCUCCACUUCAUAAUAUUAAGCUGCCAGAAGGUGGUGAUGUUGAGUAUCCGGCAGUGUUGUUAAUGACAGCAGAUCAUGAUGAUCGUGUAGUACCUCUGCAUUCUCUGAAAUUCAUAGCUACUCUGCAGCAUAUCGUUGGCCGAAGUCCAAGACAGACUAACCCACUAUUCAUCUACGUUGAUACCAAGGCUGGGCAUGGUGCAGGGAAACCAACAGCUAAAGUAAUUCAGGAGGUCUCUGAUAUGUAUGCUUUCAUAGCAGAAACUUUGAGCCUUAAAUGGAUCAAUUAAGGCAGCAAUUGUCAUCUCUGCAUAACACUAGUAGUGAGGGAGAGUAAAGUGUCAAAAUGUGUAAACUAAUGGAUAGUGCAAUACUUACAUUUAACAAUUGGCGGUUUGUUCUGUAUGACUGAUGGUUUUAGUGCUCAACAGACACGCACUUAAGUUAACAGCUGUACACAGCAUGCUCUGAUUUUAAUUCACGUGGAAGAUUAUCAAAUUUCUGCCCUUUAUGAAUGAACAUUGGUGAGUAGAGCUUGGCUAUAGCAUAUGAAUGGAAUAUUUCUAAAUGGAUGGCAUAAAGGUCUCAAUUUAAAUAUUCUCAUUUGUAGUGUUUUGGAUUUGACACAUUUCAGGUUUUUUAAAUCUCUCCUUUCGCCUUCUGUCCUACAAUGCACAGUCCACAAAGUCCUGUUAUUCAGAACGGUUUAAAUAAUUGUGAAAAUAAUUAUUCCAAUGCACUAAAUAAAAUGUACAAUCCUACUUCAACUUUCUCUCACUAAUUAGAUUGCUUCCAUCUUUUCAAAUCUUAAAUAACUAUUGGCAGUUUGUACCUAAUCUCUUUGUUAAACAAUCUUCCUACUGUACAAAAUUGUCAAAACAAUUAUUCUGACAACAACCGCCACAUAAGCCAUUUCUGGUGAACUAUAAAUUAAACCAUAUCUCUGUGUGAUGUAAUCCCAUUUAAGUUUUACCUGUUAAAUGUUUGUUAAAGAAAACUUAGUACAACCACAGUUCGUUUUCUAUUUAAGAAAUGAGUUCUCGAUAAUGUUUGAUUCAGUUUGUGUGCAUCUUCACCAAGUAAUACAUGGGAGAGAGAUUUGAAUUUCUGAAGGAGUAGCAUUGCUUGCAUUCGGAAAGCCAUAUAAUCUGUCCCGAUAGAAUUAAUUAAUGUAACACUAAUUGAUUUUUAAAAUAUACAUUUUUAAAAUAUAUUUUAAAAAUAUGUUUAAGUGUAAGUAUUGCAGAGUAAUAGAACAUUAGUUUGAGUUAUUACCCUAGCCUCCAAAUUAUUUACUACAAAAACCUCAACCUUUACAGGGCAGUUUAGACAACAUAAGUUUACCAUGCAAUUCCAAUGUAUUUCAAUUGGAUCUGACUGUUACACCAGUCUGAUUUUUACCUCAAUUCUAAUUGACGAAUGUGGUAACUGACAAUUCAAGUUCACAUCUUCCUGUGUUGAAUUAAAGAUGUAUCAAGGUUUCAAUGACUGGAAUAAAUAACAUUGAAUUUGCCUUAA